AUCACUCCAGAAAAUGGUAACAACUCGGCAACGGACAGCUUGACAGAAGAAGUAACUUUUCAAGGUUACAAUGGCCCCUUGGCAGCAUAUCUGUCAAAGAUCGAGACUGGAGAGCUGAGGAAGGAUGAUUAUCAGAGAGAGGUGGUGUCAUAUCUAGAAGACCUGCAUUUGCAGCUCAAAGAAUACAAACCUCAGUCACAGAAUGCCUCCUGGUUGCAGAGUCUAGGAUUUGGCUCCUCUCAGCAAGUUUCAGCUCCUCAGGGCCUUUACUUGUAUGGAAGUGUUGGUUGCGGGAAGACGAUGCUGAUGGACAUGUUCUUCCAUACAUGCUCAGUGAGGAGGAAACAACGAGUCCACUUCCACAAGUUUAUGUUAGAUGUACACAGGCGAAUCCAUGAGUUGAAGCAUAGCCAGCCCAAACACAGGAACGUAAAGAGAUCCCAGGCUUUCGACCCUAUAGCUCCUGUAGCCGAUGAAAUCAGUGAAAGCACCUGGCUGUUAUGUUUUGAUGAAUUCCAAGUAACAGACAUUGCCGAUGCAAUGAUUCUAAAACGGCUGUUCACAGAGCUGUUUGAAAAUGGCGUUGUUGUUGUGGCAACUUCAAACAGACAUCCAAAUGAUCUCUACAAGAAUGGUCUACAACGUGCCAACUUUGUGCCUUUCAUAGGGAUAUUGAAGAACUACAGCAAAGUUGUAUGUCUCGACUCAGGAGUCGACUAUCGUAUGAUGACACUUCCAGCUGAAGGAAGGACGUAUUUCAUAAAGUCUAUGUGUGAUAGCCAGUAUGAAGUCGACAGAGUGUUUGAAGAUCUACAUGAAGAGUCAGAAUUAAUACGUCCUCGGACUCUGAGAAUCCUGGGCCGUGAUCUGAAACUGCCAGUCACGUGUGGUCGAGUUCUGGACUCAUCAUUCAGCCAUUUAUGCCAGACUGCACUAGGUGCCGUAGACUACCUCCGUAUCAGCCAGGAGUUUGACGUCGUCAUCAUUAGAGACAUCCCUCAAAUGACUCUACAGAACAAAACUGAGGGCAGGAGGUUCAUCACGCUCAUUGACAAUUUCUAUGACAAUAAGGUGAAGGUGGUUUGUUCAGCUGAAGCUGAGGCCAAGCACCUGUUCUCCGCAGGCACUCUCAGCCAUCAUGAUGAGCAGGCCAACAUGGCACUGAUGGAUGAUCUAGGAAUUCAGGCUACUUCCGACAAAGCCAAAUCCAGCAUCUUCACAGGGGAGGAGGAGCUAUUUGCAUUUGACCGUACAGUGUCAAGACUGACCGAGAUGCAGACCGAGGAAUACUGGAACCAUGACAGGGCUUGGACACAGGAGAAUGAUGGGAAAUCUCAGACACAUACAGAGAAUGCUGGGAAACAAGAUGCUCCGAGUUUAUGAUGAUUGUUGGUUUUAGAGUUAAACAUUGUUUUUUAUUAGGGCUAUACUAAUACACAGAAUUUAAAAAAAAUUAUAUAAUCCUUUUGUUUGUGUGAAAGGUGCAAAUGUGUGAUAUAGAGAGAGAUUUUAUACAUGUUCAUGUGUUUUAAAUAGAUUUUAAUGAUUAAACGAGGAGAAACUUACUAAGAAUAUUGAUUACAUAUAUAAAUGCAUCUGUGUUUGAAGUUGCCGUGUGAAUUUAUCUAGGAUUAUAGUCAAAUCACACAGCUAUUGAGAUGUAACAUCAUGGAAGGGAUGUAAUACGAUUUGUAUCCUGAUACUUUAUUUAUAUUAUGAGUGAGUGAGUUUGGUUUUACGCUGCUUUUAGCAAUAUUCCGGCAAUAUCACGGCAGGGGACAGCAGAAAUGGGCUUCACACUCUGUACCCAUGUGGGGAAUCGAACCGUGUUUUCAGCGUGACGAGCAAACGCUUUAACCACUAGGCUACCCCACAGGCCCGUAUAUUAUGAAAGAUGAUGUUCUUACUUUUGGCAGGUGAAUCACAACCUUGCACACACCCCACCCUAUUGCUAAAGGUGGCUCACUCACUCAUUCACUCACUGAUUAGUCGACUUGUCAGAUCGAUGCACAGUAUCUUCCUGCACAGGUCAUGCAUUACUGUGAUAAAUACAGAUGGAUGAUUAAAGUACUGUCGGAAAUAGAAAAAAAACUGUUUUUAGGCUGUUACUCUGUAUCUCUAAAAUUUACACAACUGCAAAUAGCAUAUGUCGAAAUAUACCA